AUGGUCACCAGCGUCAACAGAAGGAACAGGAGAAGAGGUGGAGACGCCCUGCUGGCCGGGAGGAAGAACUGCAGUGGCGGAAGCGUGUGCCAGAAACCCCCGGCACUUUACGAAGAGCACAGGGGCGAGAGAGGCCAAGCUCCUGGGAACCAACCCAAGGAAGUGGCCCCUGAUCUGGGCAUAGCCCCAGUGAUGGGUGCCCGUUCGGACGAGGUCAGUCAUGGCUCGGUGGAUGCUGGGGAAGAUAAAAAGAAGCAGAGGUGCAAAGCUGACCCAUCGUACGAGGUCAUGGAGUCCAGAACAACGGAGAGGAGUUCAGAGGUUGAAGAGAAGAGCAAGUAUGAGCUUAUGGGCAGUUACGGUCAGCAGAGGCUUCCUCACAUGGACGUAGAAGGGGGGGUGUUUGUGUUCCCAGCGGACAUUUCCACGAUGGCCGAGAGACCUCGGGUAGGAGACGGAGUGACCUACGUUAAUAUUCCUGUGAGCCCCACGUCCAAAAAACAGCUCAAUUACAUGGAGUUGGAGCUGCAGGAGACCAGUGCUUCAGUCAGAGGGAGAAGCUCCACAAAGUACGCCCAGAUCGACAUCACGGCCACGGAGACGGCGCACAAGGUGGGCACCCAGCAUGCACUGGGGCGGGAGGAGGGGCUGCUGAAGCUGGAGCAGAAGCGGAGAGGCGGGCUGCCGCAGUGAGGAAGACGAGGAGAGGCUGACCUUUGACUCCCGCCAGCGUUGACAUGACGACAGGCUGGCAGAGUGGACCGCAGAUGUCGGACGAGAGAGACACCGCUAUAUUUGGAUGCCGUGAGCGAGCGAGCGCAAAGCUUGGGAGAGCUAGCCUGUUUGAAGAGACUCAGGUUUGUGAAGGGUUACGGUCGACAUUGCGACGCUGACAGACUUGGGACAAUGACAACGAAGACAGAGGAAGACGAAUGCCUCAAGGCUACUUUUGUCCACUUUGGUGGAAAUCUAGUUCUAAAACUGGGUGGACUGUGGACAAUGAGAACUAAACAUAUGUACAAAGUCAGCCAUCCAUAGACACUUGCCCCCUUGGGUGUUUUUAGCCCCCCCCCCCUCUGAACAUCCUCAGCACUCAGCAACACCACACCUACUUCACGCCCAAACAAGAGGAUAUAUUUAGACCGCCCAGGAUGUGUGUCUUUAAGGAAAACAAAUAGCGGGCAAUU